AUGACGGAACAACCCAGUGUAUGCAAUGGCAUCAUCCUCAAUUGGCCUGUUGGUACUGUGUUCGAAACCUAUCCCUGGACUCAGCAUGAAUAUGGAGCAAAGAGUUUAGGUUACAAUUUUUGUGCUGUUGAAAAAAAUGGGAAGACUUUCCGCAUCCGUUCACAUAAGUGUUCAGGGUUCGCGGGAGAGGGGGAAGAUGCUUGUUGCACAUGUCGUAGUGCACAGACAACAAAGGCCCAUCUUAUGAUUGAGGAACGUGCUCAUGUUGCAUUGCCACAUACACCAUAUUUGUUCUUGACACAUCAGCAACUUUGUGAGCUGUUACGAGCUACAAACAAACAAUUAAACAAGUAUAAACUGAAGGUAAAUACCACCCAGCUGAGCUGUUGCCGUAUUUCCUUCAUAUUCUAA